AUGACUUUUGUCACAUUCGAUGAACUGACGAUACCUUGGCACUUCCUCUCAGUCGAAGCUCAAAAGAUGGGCUGGAGAAAAGCCAUAUUAGGGCAAUAUUUCGCAUCACCGGACGAAAAGCCAAGGAAAAAACGCUGGCUCCAACCUGAAAAAUCAACAGGAGACCUAUAUCGAAGUGUCAAUCUUGGGGGUAAAUCUUGUUGGGAGGCGAUAGGACCAGUCAGGAGAACAUUCGAGGCAUUGGCUCCCAAGAUCAAAUCGUACCUCGAUGAAAAGAGUGAUCCGGUGGAGGCACCGGUAACCUGGACGAUCUAUCUCAUUGGCUACACGCGAGAGUCUUCGCGGCCAACGGUCAUGUUUUGCUCACCGAGCAAGAUUGCGCGAAGUGCAGUCAAGAAGAUAGUUGAUGACAGUGACCUGCUUGACAAGUAUCCUGGUGUAGAAACGGGAAGCUGUUCUCGAGAAUUCCAGCACCUUGCCGAUGGUGACGAGGAUUACCCUCAUGUUAGCAGUGCCAAUCAAGGGGCAAAAGAAGAUCCUACAUCUAAGACUGAUUAUAAGGUUUUCUACAACCCAUCAGAAGUAGGACCUGGGAUGCGAAUACGUAUACGACAUUACAGCAGUAACGGGUCAUUCACCUCACGAGACGCGAGAUGUGGUGGAAUUUUAAAGCAUAAUGAAAUCUUCUACGCCUUCACUGUAGCGCAUGUGUUUGAAUCCGACCAGAAUGUCGAGGAGCCGCUGUCAGAUUUGUCAGACUCGGAAGCUUUCGAAUUUGAGUUAGAUCAACAUAGUGACUCAGAGAGCGAGGAUGAGAUGGCUGAGAUAACCAGUCGCGGAAGCACAACCCCCGACAUGAAAAGCCAUGAUGCAGAGGCACGUUCAAUCUCCUCAGCUGAAAGUACAACGUCGAUAUUAGAGAUUUCGGAGACUGCUCAGUUGAUGAAAGAGAUAGGCCACAAGGACGGCACCAGCGCUAUAUCGGAGCCUAUUUUCCAAGCCUUGUCGACAAGUCAAAAAAAGGACGACGUAUAUUCGCAGUAUCUUGGUACAGCCACCAUAUUUGGACGAAACCAACUUGAUUUCUCACUUAUUCACAUUGAUCCUUCCCAAAUUGAGAUUUUUGGGAACUUCUAUCUCCGCUCGUGGCCUAAACCCGCCUUGGAUUAUGUCAGUAUACGAAACGAUACCGAGGUUCUGAUAUUGAACCAAUCACAGACACCACUUCGUGGGAAACUUUGCCGUACUCCAACGUUCAUGAUACUACCUGGGAGUUCUAUCAGCCAGCAAGUGUUGACGGUACGCUCACAAACGCCUCUAAUAUUGGGCGACUGUGGCUCGUGGGUAAUUGACCCUGUGCAUGGAGCCAUCUAUGGACAUGUUGUGGCAGGAAGUGGAAGUUCGCAGAUCGCUUAUGCCAUACCAUUUCGCAUGGUGUUGUCAGAAUUGCGAGAACGUUUUGAAUAUGAGUGGUACAUAAGUGAGCCACGUCAGCAUCAACCACCCCUCUCUUAUUUAACUGAGCAAACCGGUGUCGAAAAGAGUAUGCUGUUAUCCGAGAGGGCCAAUAGGUUCUCAGAUGGAAAUCCACAAUUUCAAGCCUCCUCUACAAGCAACAACAUUCCGGUGGGCUUAGAUAUGAAUUCAAGUUCGAUUCCGAGUUCCAAUAUCGUGCAGCGGUCCAAGUUAUCUGUAUUUAACCCUUGGUUAGUAGAAAAAUAUCGAACGUUGGCGGUCUUGAUAUUAAUGUGGACAACUUUUGCAUUUUUAAUGUUUCUAUCGGUGUUUUUUCCCAUUAAUCAUUCAGGACCAAUCACUAAAGAGGCCUAUACUCAUCUAGUUUCUACCGUACUAGUUUUAAGUUUCGUCAAGGUGUGGAACUUUAUCAACCCGCUCCAGGUAUCGAUUUACCCAGACGGACGAGACUUCUUGUCUCCGCUUCGAGGAAGGACGAUAUUUGGAAUAGCACCGAUUGAUUACAUUGAGCGGAAGUGGGCAGAUUCUUUACAUGAAUCGAAAUCUGAAAACGUCGAAAAAAGUACAUCUGACGGAAUUGAAAGGAAGGAAAACGAUGCUUUGGUGAUGGAUGCUGAAACUAAGAAGGAGUUGAAGAAGGAAACAGCACCUUUCUGGGGUAAUUGCUUGUACUGGUAUACAGUGGGAUCUAUUUUUGGUCUCGCGGUUACUUUCUUUUUGAUUGUUGGGAUGAUUUCCGGAGUCGAGGUUGAGGCGUGUCUGAUGUUAUUGACGAGCAUUUGUCUUUUUUCUUUGAAUGCUGCCCCUAGAAAAACGCAAGCAUGGUGCGCUAUAGAGAAGGGAGUGAAGCAGGGCUUGGAAGCUAGUGGUUAG